AUGCAUCGUCGAACCUGGAUCCUUGCCGUGGCUUCCACUGCCACCGCCGCUGUUAUAGCCCAACGAUCAAGUUUCGCCAAUCUCAAUUUCGACUUCCCAAAAACUGUCUCCCCUGAACCGUUUGAAAUUCGAGUGGACCAGAGCUUUGUCGACCUAACUCUCCGAAAGGUUCGUGGCUAUCGUCCAUCACAGAGUCUUUUCUCAAAUUGGACAAUCGAAGGUCCCCCGGACUGGGCCACGGCUUCUCUCGCAGAACACUGGGGUAAAGAUUAUCAAUGGAGGGCGGCUGAGGAAAGGAUCAACAAAUUUGAACACUAUGCCACAACUGUCCCUGGCAGUCGCAACUAUUCGGCACCUAUCCCUCUCCACUUCGUACACCAACGCUCUAACAGUAGUGACGCUACUCCAGUUUUACUCUUACAUGGCUGGACAUCUUCGCACUUUGAAUGGUCUCGAGUUAUUGGGCCUCUGGCGCAUGGCGAUAACAAGACUUUCCACGUCGUAGCUCCCGACCUUCCUGGCUACGGUUUUAGUCCGGCUCCAAAUCAGCCAAAUAUGGGCCCGAGGGAGAUGGGCGCAGCUUUCGAUGCGCUCAUGAAGCAAUUAGGUUAUGAGACCUAUGGCGUUAUUUCCACUGACCUCGGCUGGGUAAUUGGCAUGUGGAUGGCUAGUGAUUUCCAGGACAGUUUAACGGGCUUGUUUACUGAUUUCUACCGCGUCCCGCCUUUGCCCACCGAUUUUGCACGACAAACUAUGAAUAAAACUACCAAGGAGGAAAGCGACUUCAUCGAGGUGUCAAACGCGUGGGACUCGUCCCACGCUGUAUAUGGAAAGGCACAGGCCCAAAAGCCUCAAGCCUUAUCGGUAGCCUUAACAGACAGCCCUGUCGGCUUCGCUAGUUGGUUAUGGGACCUGAGAUACACCAUCAGCGACGACUAUCAAUAUUCCUUCGAUGAACUCAUCACCGAUACCAUGUUGCUGUGGAUCCAGUCGCCUUACGGUAGCAUGCGAAGUUGGUUGGAAUUCAACACCGCCUUUAUGUUGCCCAAGACAGAUGUACCAACUGGGGUCGCUCAAUGGGGUAACAUCAAUGGCCCAUUCUCUUCCCUCGCUAACUUUCCAUUAAUCGUAAGUGCCGUAACACCCCUUUACCUGCUUGAGAUUGUGCUGAGACAACAUCAGCCUCGGCAAUGGGCCGAAAGGACGUCGAAUAUAGUUUACUGGAAACGACAUCUAUUCGGCGGCCAUUACCCAUUUGUCACUCACCCCGACUUAUGGAUUGCUGAUGUAAAGGAGUUUUUUUCUAGCCUGUGA